GCCAAUGACUUUUACGCAUACCUCAACUUGGAGGUCAAUGCCACUGAAACCGAGGUGCGAAAACAUUUCCGCCAACUGGCAUUGCAGUGGCACCCUGAUAAACACCAAGAGGGCCCUGACAGACAUCGGGCCACGGAGAUUUUCCAGCAGCUGAACAAGGCGCAUACAGUUCUGUCUGACCAACAGCAAAGGGCCCGCUACGAUGCCGUGUGGCAUCAGAGGCACAGCGGUCACCAGCAAGUUCCUGCCUGGGCUAUGAUUCGUCGGAUGGCACCGGCACCAGGGGUCGCUACUAGCCCCAAAGCGACAGCCUCACGUGCGACCGAGGAGAAGGUCCCAAAGGCCAAAGCCAGGUGUCCUCCGGAGCCUGUGGCUUCGUCAGGUCAUGGCGGCUUCGUGCCGGUGGUCCCAGGUCGCCCAAGUGCGAAGGCUUCUGGAAAUGAUGUGAACUUGCAGAAGAAAGAAAAGGAACGCGCUGCGGCUCAAGUGGAGUGGCUGAAGAAUUCGUCGCGGCAGGAGCGCUGGGGAUUUAUGAAUCUGGACGAAUAA